UAUGUUAUAGACAGACCGCCACAUAUAGGCUACGAUAUAUUUUGUUUAUAAUUUAUAUUAAGUUGAAUUAGACGUGUAUUUAUAUUUUUUAGACUUCUUGCAUAAGCUGUCCUGUUAAUAUGAUAGCGAAGUUUAUUUUGUAUUUUUUGAAUGUCUUGUAGUCGACGCGUUUGUCCAAAUGAUUUGUUUGUGCUGUGGACUUAAGUCGGAGAGCGCUCGUUAUUAAGAAGCAACAGUAUGUAUUACAAGUAGUAGUAAAUAAUAAUAAUAAUAAUAAUAAUAAUAAUAAUAAUAAUAAUAAUAAUAAUAAUAAUAAUAAUAAUAAUAAUACUGCACUAUCGAUAGAAAACAUUAUAAAGUUAUUGUUUAAAUCCGGUUCAAGCUUUUUUGUGACAUUUUACAGUGUGUGUAGCCUCUAGAUAGAUAGAUAGAUAGAUAUAAUGGAUAUUUGAAGAAAAACAAAUUUGAAAACGAUCUAUUUCACUAGCUUUUCUUAUGAUUUGUUUAUAUAUAAUCUUUUUGUUAGCACUUUGAGUCAAAUCAAUCAAGAUUUCUCCACGAUUGUUUUGCUAUACUAGGCAACAAUAAGGGUUAUUAUCGAUGUGAUAUUAUAAAACGGACUUUCUGAAAAAAGUAGGCAUAUCGGAUCAAAUAAUUAACGGUUUGAUUUCAACAACAACAAAACAACUAGAAAAGGAAAACUGCGGUUUGGAUUACCAGGGGGGGUGAAAAAGGAGACGGUUUUGAAGUGACGUUUCAAAAUCCCUUUCAUGGUUUUACAAUUACCAGACCUUAGCAAGACCAAACCAACUGAAGAAAAUAUGAAAAUAAAUUAAUAUAAAAAUAUAUAUACAUAAAAAGCUUUAAGUGUAAAACGUAUGGUAAAUCUGUGAGCAAAUAUACGUCAGAGGCCUAUGUGAAUAUAGGCCUGACAUUAUCAAAUAAGAAAAAGGCGCGUUUUCGCUUCAUUUGCAGCACAACACAUAAGCUACCGAGGGAGGCGGGAGGCAGGCAGACAAGCUAAUUCGGCGAAGAUGUCGGGUGAGGACCACAGUUUGUCAGAGGUGGAAAUGAGCCCCGGGGUCUCGGAAGACGGACAUUCCUUGUCUCCGGGUCCCGCCUCAAGCGCAGCCGGCGGGGAGUCGCCUUUACCCGGGCAGCAGGACUCACGCGAGCCGGGGCAUGCGGGCGGCGUCGAGGGGAUCACCGUGAAAUCGGAAGCGGACGAUGACCGGUUUCCGAUCGGGAUUAGAGAAGCUGUCAGCCAGGUGCUGAACGGCUAUGACUGGACUCUGGUGCCCAUGCCUGUGCGGGUCAGCUCCGGGAACAAAAACAAGCCACACGUGAAGAGGCCGAUGAACGCGUUCAUGGUUUGGGCUCAGGCAGCGCGGAGGAAACUGGCCGACCAGUACCCGCACCUGCACAACGCGGAGCUCAGCAAGACCCUGGGCAAGCUGUGGAGGCUGCUGAACGAGAGUGACAAGCGGCCCUUCAUCGAGGAGGCGGAGCGACUGCGCAUGCAGCACAAGAAGGACCACCCCGAGUACAAAUACCAGCCGCGCCGCCGCAAGAACGGCAAAUCAGGAGCCGGCUCUGAGGGCGACGCCCACUCCGAGGGCGAGGCCACACCCAGCGGCCAACCGCUCUUCAAGAGCCUGCACCUGGAACACGCCCACUCUGUGGGGGCGGGCUCUCCGCUCUCUGAUGGGCUCCACCCCCAUCCAGCAGGUCAAACCCACAGCCCUCCCACUCCGCCCACCACCCCCAAAACCGAACUCCAGUCCGGCAAAUCCUCGGAUGGCAAGCGCGGGGAGCGCUCCCUGGGGGUGGGGGGCGAGGGGAGCGGGGCUAGCGGACCAGGCAAACCCCACCUGGAUUUUGGGAGCAUGGAUAUCGGGGAGAUCAGCCACGAGGUCAUGUCAACCAUGGAGCCCUUCGACGUCAACGAGUUUGACCAGUACCUGCCUCCCAACGGGCACUCUGCGGGGCAGCCCGGGGGGUCCUCGUACCCGUACGGGAUCACCAGUGCCCUGGCAGCGGCGGGGGGUCACUCCGCGGCCUGGCUGUCCAAACACCACCACCACCAUCACCACCACCACUCCCCGGCCAGCUCCAAUGAACCCGGGAAGGCUCCUGUCAAGAGUGAGUCCGGCUUCCCAGAACAGCCCAGCGGCUCCCAGCUCACCUACACCUCCCUCAGCCUCCCCCACUACGGGACAGCCUUCCCAGCCCUGGCCUCCCGCCCCCAGUUUGAGUACAGCGACCACCAGCCGUCCACCUCCUACUACAGCCACGGUGCCCAGCCCUCCGGCAUCUACUCUGCCUUCUCCUACAUGGGUCCUUCACAGCGGCCCCUGUACACAGCCAUCGCUGACCCUGCCACCGUCCCACAAUCCCACAGCCCCACCCACUGGGACCAGCCUGUCUACACCACCCUGUCCCGUCCAUGAGGGGGUGUCUGUCUGUCCCUGGGGAGAUGGGUGGAGAUUCUGGGGCUGAUUUUUCCAUUUCCCUGCUUCUGAAUUUGUAGCACUGAACUUUUUUGGGAAAAAAAAAAAUAAUAAUAAUUCAAAUCUCAGUAGCCAUGUCGGUCCGCCGGUAUUAGGGCCCCCCCUCCACUUCCUGUCCAAAAAAGGGACCCUUAUUCUCGCGCACCAACAUGGAAGCUUUUCAAACACAAGUGAAAGUUCAGCUCCACAAUGAUGAGGUGAGCAGCAGAAGAGGUAUCUAUGAAACACUUGUGGGUUUUUCCAAAAGGACAGUUUGUUUGUUAGUCGGUCUGUUUCCACGGUAGAUCAAAAUAUCUGGACGGGGUGAACGGAGCGGUCCGGUGUAUCCAGGCUGAGUCGUCUUGACUGCAACGCUGCGGUUUCUGUUCAUUUGUAAGGGGUGAAUGAUUAGGUGAAUUACUCGGCGGUUUCAUUCUGUCUUUGUUUCCAUCUGACCCUGGUUACCGAGUCGAAUGCAGGUUUGAAAACGUUCCUGACUGUUUCCAUUAGCAGCAAACCGGUUUGAAUUUGGACUCUGCCAGCCAGCACUAGUUAGGAUUGGGGCUCACUGACAGACACCAAGUCUUUUGAGAAUCAAAAAAAACAACCAAACACCUGAGAAUCAAAUGGACACCAAAUAGAUAUACAUAAAGAACUCCUCCCCCUAGGCUUACCAUGUUUGAUGUCAUGAUGCAGCAGCCAUGCAUUAAGAACAAACGUUUACUAUUGAGAGACAACGGAACCCUUAUAGAAGUGUGCGAUAGUUAAAAGAACAGCAAAGUAAUAAGCACAGUGAAAGCUAAAGCACAGGGAAGCAUUGUAAAGCACAGAGAGGUCUGGUAAAGCAUAGGGAAGCAUUGUAAAGCACAGAGAGGUCUGGUAAAGCAUAGGGAAGCAUUGUAAAGCACAGAGAGGUCUGGUAAAGCAUAGGGAAGCAUUGUAAAGCACAGAGAGGUCUGGUAAAGCAUAGGGAAGCAUUGUGAAGCACAGAGAGGUCUGGUAAAGCAUAGGGAAGCAUUGUAAAGCACAGAGAGGUCUGGUAAAGCAUAGGGAAGCAUUGUAAAGCACAAAGAGGUCUGGUAAAGCAUAGGGAAGCAUUGUAAAGCACAGAGAGGUCUGGUAAAGCAUAGGGAAGCAUUGUAAAGCACAGAGAGGUCUGGUAAAGCAUAGGGAAGCAUUGUAAAGCACAGAGAGGUCUGGUAAAGCAUAGGGAAGCAUUGUAAAGCACAGAGAGGUCUGGUAAAGCACAGGGAGGUGUGGUAAAACAUGGCAAACCAGGGUAAACUAGGUUAAAUGCAGAGUAUAAACAUGGUGAAACUGCAGGAAUAACUUUUGUAAGGUUAUCCCUGAACAGUGUGAAUAAGACUUGUGAAGAAGAGGCUGUGAAGAACAAGCUGAGAAAGUCAGUCAUGUUGCCACAGUGGCGUGUGUUCAGGGUUAAAGAAGAAAUCCCUGCACUGCGUGUGGAGGAGCCCAGGAAGAAUUGCAGUUCAAUUGUAACCAAUCUCCAGCUGUAGAAACCAGACCCUGCCACUCCCUGGCAUGCUGUGUGCUCUCUGCGAUACCAGCAGCCCUCAGAUUUUCAAUGAAAAAUAUAUUUUCUUCUUUCCAUUGCUUUUGAUAUGGAGGGAGGAGACGAUGGCAUCCUUCCGGCUCCUAUGAGACUAGCAAGCAAAUGCAUGACAGUCUUCCAUGUGUCCCCCAUGCUUUAUAUAUAAAGACUACAAGAGAGUUUUGUAUCCAACCCUAUAUGAGGUCGCCGUGCAUGAAAGAGUUAAAGAUAUUUCACCCCUGAAGGAGAGCCAGAGAACGAUAUGAACAACUACACCUGUGACCUACAGCACUUCCUGGGUGCCAGACUUUGCAAUUCCAAUUAUAAUUCCAAUUCCAGCAGCAUUGUUUGCGGAAAUUCCAAUUCCAAUUCUGUUUUGUUCAAUUAGAAUUCUGCUGCAGUACAAUUCUAAUGCUUUAGAUGGUGAGGCUUUUUAAUGGCUACAGUACAACACCAUGGGACCACUGAUGUGCACUGCAGUACUGACCUGGGUGAAGACUACAGCUACGGCCAAGAGUUUUGCAUCUUCCCCCUGAACUUGUUUUGCUUCAUAGAGUCCAGUGAAAGCUGCUGAAUAAUGUUCCCUUGUUAACAUAUUGAAUUGCAUACCCUCUAUAUAGAAUUAUUAUUUGUUUAUUUAGCAGACGACUUUAUCCAAGGCGACUUACAGAGACUAGGGUGUGUGAACUAUGCAUCAGCUGCAGAGUCACUUACAACUACGUCUCACCCGAAAGACGGAGCACAAGGAGGUGAAGUGACUUGCUCAGGGUCACACAGUGAGUCAGUGGCUGAGGUGGGAUUUGAACCGGGGACCUCCUGGUUACAAACCCUUUCUUUAACCACUGGACCACACAGCCUCACUCAGCUUCAUAGAGUCCAAUGAAACCUGCUGAAUAAUGUUCCCUUGUUAAUAUAUUGAAUUCCACCCCCUCUAUAUAGAACAAACUCACUCAGCUUCAUAGAACCCAAUGAAAGCUGCUGAAUAAUGUUCCCUUGUUAACAUUGAAUUCCACGUUCUCUAUAUAGAAUGAACUCACUCAGCUUCAUAGAGUCCAAUGAAACCUGCUGAAUAAUGUUCCCUUGUUAACAUAUUGAAUUCCACCCCCUCUAUAUAGAAUGAAUUCACUCAGCUUCAUAGAGUCCAAUGAAAGCUGCUGAAUAAUGUUCCCUUGUUAACAUAUUGAAUUGCACACCCAGCGCUUUGUAGUUUUCCAGAUACUGAACGAAAAACUGACUGGAGAAAAUGUGACAUUUCGAAAUCUAAUAUAAAAUACUACUGGACUGCUAUUAGGGCUCCCGGUAAACCUUUUUGUUUACAUAAUGUUAAAUAAAAGAUCUAAAUUCUGUUCAUAGUGCUUUUUUGAAUUUCUCAAUCCUAAAUUUAUAGGUUAUGCAAAACCUUUGGCCAUAGUUGUAAAGUCAUAUCACAACAUUUUCAAUAGCUUCCCAGUACUGAAUUUUAUUAAAAUAUAUACAAAUUUUGAAUAUUGUCUUUUUUUUUAUUAACUAAAAUGAAGGAUUCUUUUUGUUGCUGUUGUAUGAAAAUAAAAACUAAUAAUAAUGGAGUUGUAUUAUUCUUUGUUCCACUGUAACUCUAGACCACUUCCCAUUCUUGCAAUAAUAUGUUUGAGAAAUGUGGUUUCGUUCUUGUAAAUAUGUUUUUUCGGUGUAAAAUAUGACCUUUUACCUUCUGCAUUGUGUUUCCCGUUGCUUUAUAUUUUCCACAACCCGCUUGUUCAAACUGAAGAGAAAAAGUGGCCUAGUGGUGAGAGAUGAGGGACCUGGAGUGAGGAGACCCAGUUGAACCCCAAUCAUAUCUAUUUAUAAGCUUUUGAUUUUGUGCAAGUUGGGGCCAAAUAUUGUUUAUUGUGCUAAUGUUUUAAAUUAAAUUUGAUUCUCUCUCUCUCUCUCUGCCUCUAAAAAGCUACAUUUAGGGCACUUUUUAAUUUAAAUAUGAUACAUUAACUUUCUGUGCCUGGUUUUAUAAAGCAACACACGUUUCCGGUCAGUAUACCGUUUGUAUUUUAUUAUUAUUAUUAUUAUUAUUAUUAUUAUUAUUAUUAUUAUUAUUAUUAUAAUUAUUAUUAUUGCUUCCUUUCAAAAUGUCAAAGACCUGCUUUUAUUAUUUUUAUUAUUAUUAAAUUUAUAUUAAAAAGUUAUUUAUAUUUGCUGAAAAAAUGAAUUUGUAUCCUCUGUUUUAACACCUGUUUCUCACAAUCUUGUAUCAAAAAAACAAUGUGUUUUUUUUGUUGUUGGUUUUUGUGUGAUUUGAACUCUGUAAAUAUUAGCCUUACUGAAAAAGUAGAGUUGUAGCGAUCUUUAUUAACUCCUCUGACACUAAAUAAAAUAAAUAUUCUUUCUUUUUUAAA